AUGUACCCCUCACACAAGACAAGAAAUGAUCCUGGACAAUCAAGAGUGAAAGAGCUCAGUGAUUUACUACAGGAUGAACUCUGUUCGUUAAAGACCAUCAGGUUUUUGAAAAGUCCUGCUGCAGAGGAAGCGUGUGAGUAUCUCACUGGAGUUCUGGGUAAAAGUCCAUUACUACUGAAAGAACUGGAUCUGAGUGGAGAUAAAUUAGGAGAUCUGGAUGGGGAGAAACUCUCUGCUCUUUUGAUGGACUCUCAUAGCAAACUGGAGAAAAUAAUGCUCAAUAAUUGUGAUCUGACAGAGAAAAGCUGUUCAGUUCUAGCUACUGUUCUCUCCUCCAAAACCAACCUGAAAGAGAUGAACCUGAACAACAGUCGUCUGCUGGAUUCAGGAGUCAAAGAGAUCUGUGAGGGACUGAAGAAUCCUGUGUGUGAGCUGAAGAUACUGAAUCUGAAUAACAACUGUAUCACAGAAGGAGAUUGUCAUGUUCUGGCUGCAGCUCUAAAUUCAAACCCUUCAAAUCUGACAGAGCUGGAUCUGAGUGAGAAUAAACUAGGAAACCCAGGAAUGAAGAUCAUCUUGACUCUGUUUGAAAAUGUACAGUGUAGACUGGAAAAGCUGAAGUUAAAGUGCAUCAGUAUUACAGAUGAAGGUUGUGCUGCUCUGGCAUCAGCGUUUCAUUCAAACCUCAGAGAGCUGGAUCUGAGCAGGAAUCAAAUAGGAGACUCUGGAGUGACAGAAAUCUCCAGUCUGCUGAGAAAUUCACAGUGCACACUACAGAUACUCAGUCUGAAUAACAACUGUAUCACAGAAGGAGGUUGUCAUGUUCUGGCUGCAGCUCUAAAUUCAAACCCUUCAAAUCUGACAGAGCUGGAUCUGAGUGAGAAUAAACUAGGAAACCCAGGAAUGAAGAUCAUCUUGACUCUGUUUGAAAAUGUACAGUGUAGACUGGAAAAGCUGAAGUUAAAGUGCAUCAGUAUUACAGAUGAAGGUUGUGCUGCUCUGGCAUCAGCGUUUCAUUCAAACCUCAGAGAGCUGGAUCUGAGCAGGAAUCAAAUAGGAGACUCUGGAGUGACAGAAAUCUCCAGUCUGCUGAGAAAUUCACAGUGCACACUACAGAUACUCAGGUUUUUGAAAAGUCCUGCUGCAGAGGAAGCGUGUGAGUAUCUCACUGGAGUUCUGGGUAAAAGUCCAUUACUACUGAAAGAACUGGAUCUGAGUGGAGAUAAAUUAGGAGAUCUGGAUGGGGAGAAACUCUCUGCUCUUUUGAUGGACUCUCAUAGCAAACUGGAGAAAAUAAUGCUGAAUAAUUGUGAUCUGACAGAGAAAAGCUGUUCAGUUCUAGCUACUGUUCUCUCCUCCAAAACCAUCCUGAAAGAGAUGAACCUGAACAACAGUCGUCUGCUGGAUUCAGGAGUCAAAGAGAUCUGUGAGGGACUGAAGAAUCCUGUGUGUGAGCUGAAGAUACUGAAGGCUGAGGCUGAACGUGCUGCUCUGAGAGCAAAGGCUGCCACAUUGGAUGAAAAACUUGCCUUGGAUGUUGAGGAAGCAAACAUGGUGGCAAAAUUAAAGGCCAGGAAAGAAAGACAUGCAUUGGAGUGUGAACUAGCUGCUGCUGAGGCCAAAGUCAAGGUUUACAAAGAAGCAAUAUAG